UCCAAACUUCACCACCGAUUCACAGAGACUUUUAUUAACCUUCAAAACAUUUAUUUAUUUUUCCAAUCUUCAAAUAGAGACACUCACACUCCUUAUCUUCCUCAUCCUCCAUCCCACUUUCCUCUUCAAUUAAAGGUAGAUAGAUACCUCAUUAUAUUAACACAAAAUGGCUUCAGCGGCGGAUCAUGUGUUGGUGGUGGAAGAUGGACGGCCAGCCACGGCGGAUAAUCCAUCGGCUGGACCGGUUUAUCGAUGUAAGUACGCUAAAGAUGGACUCCUCGAUCUCCCUACUGAUAUUAAUUCUCCUUGGCAGUUCUUUAGUGAGGCUGUGAAGAAAUAUCCGAAUGAGCAAAUGUUAGGCCGACGCUUAACGACUGAUUCUAAGGUUGGUUCAUAUACAUGGAUCACAUAUAAGGAAGCCCACGAUGCUGCAAUUCGGAUUGGAUCAGCCAUCAGAAGCCGAGGCGUUGAUCCGGGACAUUGUUGUGGAAUCUAUGGAUCUAACUGUCCAGAAUGGAUUAUUGCAAUGGAGGCCUGCAUGAGCCAAGGGGUGACAUAUGUGCCUCUAUACGAUACUUUAGGAGUAAACGCAGUUGAAUUCAUCAUCAACCAUGCCGAGGUUUCGCUAGUAUUUGUUCAAGAGAAGACAGUUUCAUCGAUCUUAUCGUGCCAAAAGGGAUGUUCUUCGAAUUUGAAGACUAUUGUGAGCUUCGGGGAAGUCUCGAGUACACAAAAGGAAGAAGCUAAAAACCAAUGUGUUUCUUUAUUUUCAUGGAACGAGUUCUCACUAAUGGGAAACUCGGAUGAGACAAAGCUACCACCUAAGCGAAAGACAGACAUCUGCACAAUAAUGUACACAAGCGGGACGACUGGAGAACCCAAAGGUGUAAUCUUAAACAAUGCAGCCAUGGCGGUCCAAGUAUUAUCCAUUGACAAAAUGCUUGAAGUCACCGAUCGACCGUGUGACACGAGCGAUGUGUUCUUCUCGUACUUGCCAUUAGCACAUGUCUAUGAUCAAGUCAUGGAGAUUUACUUUUUAUCUAGAGGCUCUUCUGUUGGAUACUGGCGUGGCGACAUACGGUACUUGAUGGAUGACGUUCAGGCUUUGCAACCUACUGUGUUUUGCGGUGUUCCACGAGUUUACGACAAAGUUUAUGCCGGUGUAAUGCAAAAAAUUUCAGCUAGUGGCUUGAUACGCAAGAAAAUCUUCGAUUUUGCGUAUAACUACAAAUUGGGGAAUAUGAAAAAAGGAUUCUCCCAAGAGGAAGCUUCUCCUCGUCUAGACAGACUUAUGUUUGAUAAGAUAAAAGAAGCAUUUGGAGGAAGAGCUCAUAUGUUGUUAUCAGGUGCAGCGCCUCUACCACGUCAUGUUGAGGAGUUCUUGAGAGUCAUUCCUGCCUCUAACCUCUCUCAAGGUUAUGGAUUGACUGAGAGUUGUGGAGGAAGCUUCACGACCUUAGCCGGAGUAUUUUCUAUGGUGGGGACAGUGGGCGUGCCAAUGCCUACGGUGGAGGCAAGGCUAGUGUCCGUACCGGAGAUGGGUUACGACGCCUUUUCCGCUGAUGUGCCAAGAGGAGAGAUUUGUCUUAGAGGGAAUUCAAUGUUUUCUGGUUACCAUAAAAGACAAGAUCUAACUGAUCAAGUCCUUAUCGAUGGAUGGUUUCACACAGGAGAUAUUGGAGAAUGGCAAGAAGAUGGUUCAAUGAAGAUCAUAGAUAGGAAGAAGAACAUCUUCAAGUUGUCUCAAGGUGAAUAUGUUGCUGUCGAAAACCUCGAAAACACUUACUCAAGAUGUCCCCUCAUCGCUCAGAUAUGGAUCUAUGGAAACAGCUUUGAGUCGUUUUUGGUAGGUGUGGUUGUACCUGAUAGAAAAGCUAUUGAAGAUUGGGCUAAACUCAAUAACCAAUUUCCCAAUGAUUUUGAAUCUCUAUGUCAAAAUCUCAAAGCUCAAAAAUACUUCUUGGAUGAGCUCAACUCUACUGCAAAGCAAUACCAACUUAAAGGAUUUGAAAUGUUAAAAGCUAUUCAUUUGGAACCAACCCCUUUUGAUAUUGAAAGAGAUCUUAUAACCCCAACUUUCAAGUUGAAAAGGCCACAGCUCCUCCAACAUUACAAGGGCAUAGUUGAUCAACUUUAUUCGGAAGCAAAGAGGUCCAUGGCAUAGACACCGACCGGGCUAUUCAUUUUUCUGCUGCUAUUUUGGUUGUAUGAUAUGUUAAAAUUGUGUUCGGAUCCUCUCUAUAUACACUCAUCAAUACAUAGUUUGGAAAAUCUUAUAUUUUAUAUUAAGCAAAAUUUACUUAUUAA